CAAAAUCUCCCUGAAAGGUAUCCUUUUCCUUCACCGGGUCGGGUUAGGUUCUUUGUACGGAUUAGAAGUUAUGAGAUUUAGAGUGUUGAUUUGAUGGUUUGGUAUUUCAGUGGAAUCACUAUGAAGCUUUCCCUACAAACGCCUUCUGCUGAACGAAAAGAAGAAUCCGAAGUCACUCUAAUCAACUACCUCUAUUAUGUGAAAGAAACAGCGCCACCCGCUCUCCCCAGCACAAAGGGCCACACGAGGAGCAUACGACCCAGGAUCCGUCUUCGAUUGGAUUUACUAUAUCCAGAGUCAGCAUCGGAGGGUGAGGAAGGGAGUCAUGCACCUCGCCCUGCUCUUCACUCAUCCCUUUCACUUCCUUGCUAAAACCCUACCUCACCGCAAAUACUCCCUAUUUGUCUUCAGGGCUAAGAAUCUCUCAUCUCAAAAAUGCCUUCCAAGACCCUCCUCCCUUCCCCUUCUUUCAAACCUAACCUCUCCCCUCUAUCUACUCACUCUUCCACUAUUCCAUCUUCGAUUCCCCAAACUUCCUCUACUCAUCAUCCUAAUCCUAUAUUACCUGCUGCUUUCAAUCGCGAAGAGAUUUCGUUUCAUCACCCUCUUUCAUUGUUCCUCCGCAAUUGCAAGACAGGUAACAUUACUGCAAUUCAAGCAUUUCAUUUCUUUGACCUAAUGAUGCGUUCACAUCCUAUCCCCCCCAUUUCUUCUUUCAAUCGCUUACUUGGUGGCCUUGCUAAGAUUAACCAUUACUCCCAACUAUUUUCUCUCUAUAAUGAAAUGCGCCUUGCUGGACUUUCCCCUGAUCUCUUCACGCUAAGUAUAUUGGCGAAUUGCCUUUGUAAUGUCAAUCGGGUUAGCGAAGCUCUUGCGGCCAUGGCGGGGAUUUUAAGGAGAGGUUAUAUUCCCAAUGUAGUCACAUAUACGACCUUGAUUAAGGGAUUGUGUAUGGAGCAUAGGAUUAGUGAAGCCACCCGGUUAUUUCUGAGAAUGCAAAAAUUAGGUUGUACGCCGAAUGCGGUUACUUAUGGGACUUUGAUAAAGGGGCUAUGCCAAACCGGGAAUGUUAACAUUGCACUUAAGUUGCAUAAAGAAAUGCUCAAUGACGCUAGUCAAUAUGGGGUUAAUUGUAAACCUGGUGUUAUUACCUAUAGUAUCAUCAUAGAUGGGCUUUGUAAGGUUGGACGUGAAGACGAGGCAAAAGAACUUUUUGAGGAAAUGAAAGCUCAGGGAAUGAUUCCCGAUGUCAUUUCAUAUAGCACCUUGAUUCAUGGAUUUUGUUGUGCUGGAAAGUGGGAUCAGUCUAAACAUUUGUUCGAUGAGAUGGUGGAUCAAGGUGUUCAACCAGAUAUGGUCACAUUUAGUGUGUUGAUUGAUACGCUUUGCAAGGAAGGAAAGGUCACUGAGGCUAAGAAGUUGCUUGAGGUCAUGAUUCAGAGAGGUAUCGUUCCUAAUUUGAUUACUUAUAAUUCACUGAUUGAUGGGUUUUGUAUGGUUGGUGAUUUGAAUAGUGCCAGAGAACUGUUCCUUAGUAUGCCAAGCAAAGGAUUAGAACCUGAUGAGAUUAGCUACACUACACUUAUUAACGGGUAUUGUAAAACUUGGAAGGUGAAAGAAGCAAUGAACCUUUACAAUGAAAUGCUUCAAGUGGGAAAGAGACCAAAUGUGACAACAUAUGGUACCUUGUUAAAAGGACUUUUUCAGAAAGGCAAGGUUGGUGAUGCAAAGAAGCUAUUUGGUGUCAUGAAAACUUAUGGUGUUUCGGCAAAUUCUCAAAUAUAUGGUAUUUUCUUAGAUGGGCUGUGUAAGAAUGAUUGUUUAUUUGAAGCAAUGGAACUUUUUAAUGAGCUCAAAUCAUACAACUUCAAAUUGAACAUCGAAAACUACAGUUGUCUAAUUGAUGGCCUAUGUAAAGCAGGAAAACUUGAGACUGCGUGGGAGCUUUUUGAAAAACUAUCCCAAGAAGGGCUUCAACCAGAUGUUGUCACUUAUAACAUUAUGAUCCAUGGGUUUUGUAAAGUGGGACAAGUAGAUAAUGCAAAUAUUUUGUUUGAAAAGAUGGAAGAAAAUGGUUGUACUCCUGACAUAAUUGCUUAUAAUACCCUUCUUUGUGGUUUCUGCGAAGGUAAUAAAUUAGAGGAGGUGAUUAAACUUCUCCAUAAGAUGGUUCAAAAGGACGUGUCACCAAAUGCUGCCAGUUGCACCAUAGUCGUUGACAUGCUCUGUAAAGAUGAAAAAUAUAAAAAAUUUGUAGACUUGCUUCCAAAAUUUCCAGUCCAAAGGCAUUGAGAUUGAGAUUGAAUAUUUUCUUGAAAGGCCACCCAAUUUGCAAACUUUGGCCUUUAGUUUAGUUCUAAUAUUAAGAUUUUGAGGUUCCACGUUUGAUGCAGCUUUAAUUCUUGCACAUCCUCUUUAAGGGACCAUGGUUGAUCGAACAUUUGUGAAUCUUUUUGCUCAUAAA